AUGCCAAUGACAUGCCACAGUUUUGAGUUUGGUAGAACUAGGCUGGACUUGGUUGCACGUGUGUGUUCUUCCGAUGCUUCAUUCGACUGGUUUUCCACAAAUUAUCAUGCAAAAGGCUUCUCCAACACCUUUAAUGGAGGCUAUAGGCCCCGGAAAUUGUUCUGUGGACCGCAUGAAAUUCCUUGGCGCCGCAUUUUUUCAGAGAAGACUCGAAAAAAUCUGCUAAAUGGGGUAACUGCAUUAGGUUUUCAACCAGUGCCGGAUGUGAAGGAAGAUUCAAAAAACAAGAGAUUGAAACCAGCUCUUGAGCAUAUCUUUCGUGCUGGUGGAAAGAGGGUGAGACCAGCUUUGGUUUUCCUAGUUUCAAGAGCAACAGCAGAAAUUGUGGGCUUGAAGGAACUUACAACCAAACAUAGGCGUUUGGCAGAGAUCAUUGAGAUGCUGCAUACUGCGAGUUUGAUUCAUGAUGAUGUAGUGGAUGAAAGUGAUAUGCGGAGAGCUAUUCAGCAUGAACUCCUCAAUCUUAGCAGUCAUUUCUACUACAAGCCCAUCAAGAUGAUGCCAAUGACAUGCCACAGUUUUGAGUUUGGUAGAACUAGGCUGGACUUGGUUGCACGUGUGUGUUCUUCCGAUGCUUCAUUCGACUGGUUUUCCACAAAUUAUCAUGCAAAAGGCUUCUCCAACACCUUUAAUGGAGGCUAUAGGCCCCGGAAAUUGUUCUGUGGACCGCAUGAAAUUCCUUGGCGCCGCAUUUUUUCAGAGAAGACUCGAAAAAAUCUGCUAAAUGGGGUAACUGCAUUAGGUUUUCAACCAGUGCCGGAUGUGAAGGAAGAUUCAAAAAACAAGAGAUUGAAACCAGCUCUUGAGCAUAUCUUUCGUGCUGGUGGAAAGAGGGUGAGACCAGCUUUGGUUUUCCUAGUUUCAAGAGCAACAGCAGAAAUUGUGGGCUUGAAGGAACUUACAACCAAACAUAGGCGUUUGGCAGAGAUCAUUGAGAUGCUGCAUACUGCGAGUUUGAUUCAUGAUGAUGUAGUGGAUGAAAGUGAUAUGCGGAGAGGGAAGGAAACUGUUCAUCAGUUAUAUGGUACAAAAUUGGCAUUGUUGACAGGGGACUUCAUGUUGGCGCAGUCUUCAUUGUACCUGGCUAAUAUCGAAAACAUUCAAGUCAUUAAGCUCUUAAGCCAAGCAGUUAAAGAUUUGGCAAAUGGUGAAAUGAAGCUGGCGUCGAGCUUGUUUAACUGUGAUGUUGGACUGGAGGAAUAUUUGAUCAAGAGCUACUACAAAACAGCCUUGAUUAUCGCUGCUAGCGCCAAAGGAGCUGCCAUUUUUAGUGGCGUUAGCAGCGAUAUCUGUGAGCAAAUGCAUCAAUAUGGCAAGAACCUCGGUCUACCGUUUCAAGUUAUGGAUGACAUUUUGGAUUUCACUCAGUCUGCAGAGCAACUUGGGAAGCCAGCCGGAAGCGACUUGGCUGAAGGGAACCUGACUGCACCAGCAAUUUUUGCAAUACAGAAAGAGCCCAAAUUGAGAGAGAUCAUUGAAUCUAAAAUUUCCGAAACUGGUUCUCUGGAAAAGGCCAUUGAGUUGGUUAAGAGCUGUGGGGGCAUUGAGAGAGCACAAGAUCUAGCAAAAGAGAAAGCUGAUCUUGCAAUCCAAUAUCUUCAAUGCCUUCCUCAGUGCCUUUCGUGUGGCCCUUAA